UCUAUGAAAAGUCAGAGGUAUAUAAGUAAGUCAUUUAGAAUCGCAGGAGUCUUAUCAAACCUGGAAGUUGACAACAAGAUGAAUUUGUCAUUUUUCAUCCUCAUUUGCUCAUUUGUGCAAGUAAUUUCCCCAAAUCCCAGGAGUUACUGGACUCUGCUGCCUAACAUUCUGGUUGUGGACGUGGAUGGCACUCAGGGCCAGCAACCCUUGAGUUGCCUGGAGUUCCCAGAGGUGCUUCUGGGAAGAGACAACCAGAGCCAUAACAUUUAUUGGAAGAAAAAUGGAAAAGAGAGGGCAGAGAGGGGAAACUCAUACCUGGUGCAACUGAUUGAAAGCUCGGGAGGGGGCAACUACACCUGUCACAACACAGAGGGAUCGCUCCUUAAUUACACUGAGGUCCUAAUCCGGCAGGUGGAGACCAAGAGAUGGAGGAUUCUAGUUAAAACGGCGGAAGAGGAUUAUUUAAAGUGCUCAGCUCAGAACUAUAACGGAGAUUUUCAAUGCUCUUGGACCUGGCACAGCAGCCGUGUUGGCAAAGUGGCGUUUAUCAAAGUUCGACGUGCAUCUGAUGAAAAUAACACUCAGUGCUCUGUGGACGCCAGUAACCAGCAUUGGAUUUGCUCCUCAGUUCACAGUAACUUCAGCUGUUCUGUGGACAGCAACGGGCGUGGGAUCUACUGCCGGGAUGAGCAGCACUGCCCCUAUGCUGAGGAGAUUCAACAGAUCCACAUCACCAUCGAUGUGAGGACUGAGCACUUUCUGUUGGAAAGCUACUCCACACUCUUCUUCUUGUCAGAGAUAGUGAAACCUGACAAAGUUAUAAUCGGUAAAGUCAACACUACAGUGGUAGAGUGGAGCUACCCGAACUCCUGGAACAGGCCCCACUCUUACUUCCCCCUCACCUUCCAGAUUGCACAACUCAGGCAUGGAUGCAGAAAGUGUGAUGACCCGUGCACCGACUCAAAUCCUACUAAGACAAGUGACUUCACAGACAUUUGUCAGUAUAAAGUGAAGCACAGUGCUAAAGCUGUGUGCGUCAGAGCGAAAGAUGCUCUCUGCAACUCCCAGUGGAGUGAGUGGAGCCACAUCAGAUUGGGGAGAAACAAGAAGAACAAAAAGAAAAACUAAGAACCACCAUAACAGAGGAAAGAACAUCUCAACACUGGACAUCAUAUCUACAUAUUCCUCUAUGUCUUAUUUAUAACCUGUACUCACAGUAAAUAACAUAUUGAUUAAUAAACAAAUAAAAUAAACAGUUUUCUUGAUUUCUGCUGAUCUAUCCUCAGUAAUACAUUUUGCUCUUUUUGCAAGCUGUAACUAAAAUCUGUUCUGGAAAUUUAAUGUGA